AGAUUUGAGUUUUUAAGAAGACAGCUCAUGUGACAAAAUCUGUGUGACUUUAAAAAAUCCCAUCGUGAUAAUGCUGUGAUCAGAUAUACUGUCAAAAAUGUCUUCUGAAAAGUUUGAACGUGCAGAAGAAGAGUUUCAAACAGUAUAUGAUGAUCUAAGGCUAAAAGUAGGAGAGAAAAUUGGCCGGAGUGUAGGAGAGGAAAGAAAACGGUUAAUACGUGAAGUGGAGAGAGGAUUUGAAGAUGAGAAUGUUUUGCUCCAAGAAAUGGAAAGGGAGGCCAAGAUGGCACCCAUAUCAUACAGAACAGACAUGAUGGGAAGGCUGAGGAACUACAGGAGAAACCUCGAUCAGUUAUCCAGGGACCUGAAAAGAAAUACCAGUGGUUUUGGAAGCAGAGAUGACUUUGGAGGGAGAAAUGAAUUAGAUGCAAUGGCUGCCUCCCAGAGGGCCAAGCUAGUACAAGGCACUGAAUCCCUCCAAAGAGGCACAGAGAGCAUAGCGCGGUCACACAGGAUAGCAGCAGAGACGGACCAGAUAGCAGAGGAUACUGUUGGGGAGCUAGCCAAUCAGAGAGAGGCUUUGCUUCGAACAAGAGAUAGGCUUGUUGAUACACAACAAAAUUUAACAAAAAGUAGAAGUAUUCUGAAAAGUAUGGGAAGAAGGGUGAUGACAAACAAGAUGAUAUUAGUUGUGAUAAUUCUAGUGGAGCUGGCUAUUCUAGCAGGAGUCAUAUACUGGAAAUUUUUCAUGAAAAAGAAAUCCAGUUAGCUAGAAUAUCAAUUGAACUACAUAAAAAGUGUAUAUUACACCUUUAUAGUUUUCCAAGGGAGGAGAAUGGGAAUGGUGCACAUAAAGACACUUUUGUCCUCAGAUUUUAGCUAACUAUAAUAACAUUAUGGUGUGGAUAUCUAUCAUUACCAAAUAAGAAAAAUGAGUAAACCUUUGUUAAAGACAUUGCAAUAUUGUGCAGGUGUUUUUAUAAUGUUUUUUUUUCUUACCACUGCUCUUGGCAUCAUGUUGCUGAGAUACAGGACCAUACAGUAAGACAUUAUUUAUUUAUUCUGAAUGUAGUUUAUAAGAAUGACUGCAAGUUAAUGCACUGUGUGCUUUCAGAUGAAAAUAGUUCAUUUGCAUUUUAGAUGGCUUUGGAAUGAGACAGAAAAUUUUGAAUCCCAAGUGCGAGUACGGGUGUAAAAGACUGGAAGAUUAAAGGACAUUUUAAGAAGACUAAAUUUAGUUUUAAGGAGAGAGCAAUUUCGGAGAAAACACUGUGUGCACUGAUGAAAGAUAAUGCCCUUACAGUCUCUUUUAUAGACUGAGAAGAAUUGUAGUCUUAAAUUUUUCCUGAUAUCUGCUUUAUCCCUUAGAAAAUUUAUAAAGUUACAAUUUUCUUCCCCAGCUGGGAAGAAUAUUAUGCCAUUUCUCAACAAACACAAUGGGAUAAUCAUAAUUUUAUGUAGUGCAAUACGUGGACCUAUUUCACAAAAAGUUCUAAGUUCUUGUUCUAUGCUUUGACUACUAAAAUAAGUUAACUACAGCAAAUCUAAUUUGUCAUCAUCCUCACUAUGUGAAUUAUUACCAGUGAGAGUAACAUCUUAAAUCAAGGCAAUCACAAUUUGCUGAAAGGUCUUAGUAAAAAGACCUAAAGCAGUUAGUGGUGUCCAGAUUCUUUGUGAAAUGUAACUUUGUCAGUCUUGGCAGGUAAAAAUUUCAGCCCAAAAUUGACUACAUACUUUUUAUGAAGAGAGCCCAAGGUCACUUAAUUGUGUAAUUUCAGGUUGAUGCGUAAAUAAGUGGAAAGUAUCAUUACAUUGGCAACAUAUUGAUUAAAAUAGAAAAGGUUGUACUGAAUUUUACUGAUUGUUGAAAAUAACAUAAAAAUUCAUCAUAUUGAUGUUGCUAAAUACUGAAGGAUGUCAUUUAAUCCUCAUGCAUUUGCCCUUGUGUGUAAUCUUCAAUUCAAAUAGUAUUAUUUUGGUAAAUCUAUGUUUAUCCAGGUUAUGCAUGUGAUAUUUAAAGAUACAUAUGUAAAACUUGUGGCCAACUUACAAUCUUCAAAAUAUAUUGGAACUGCAUUUUAUUUCUUGACAAUAAAUGUAUGUUAAAAUAUUUA